AUGCCAAGCCCACCAAAAAAAACAGAAGAGAAAAAGUUAAAAAAUGUUCAUGAAAAUUUCAGAAGACGACAUGAAGCGAAGAGAAAACGAGAACCAUAUAAACUCAAUAAAGCCUCCAAAUGUGUUUCUUCUCUUCAUGAUAUUAAAUUGGAUACGCAACAAAGGCUACAUGAUAAACAUACAAAACGAACAACUGAACAUACAACAUGA